CGCGGGCUUCGUAUGAAUCGCGUGCGCGCGCGCAACCUGGAAAAAUCAUUCGAUCGAACCGACCGCUCGAGUCGAGACAACCUAUCGGGAAGUGUCAUCCAUCAUGGAGGUGUAGCCUUGCUUUUUUCUCGCUCGCGAUUUUCUUCUCAAGUGCCAGUGACUCGAUGCGACGAGAUGUGUUAUAUUACCCGCGCCAUUCGAAUUGACAACUGUUCGAAUUCAAAAAUGUUGAAACCGUUAAAAUUCAGCAUGUGGACACUAUGGAUUUUUUAGUGAUACGUGAUCCUAUAUUGUUUUUACUUUUUUUUAUACUUUUUAAAUUAUUGACUGGACUGUGAUAAGAAGUGAUUGAAAAAGCUAGUCAAGAUGAUGUCCAAAAAGCAGCUGGCGUGCAUGCUAGCAUUGCACAUAGUAUAUCUUUUGGUCGGCGCCAGCAUAUUCUACCAUAUAGAGAGUCCUUUGGAGUUGGCACAGAGAGCCGAAGAAAAACUGGAAAGACUUGAAAUACAAAACCUCUUAUACGAGAACUACAUUCCCAAUGACCCUGAAAAGCAAGACAGCAUUUUGCGAAAAUUAUCAGCAUACUGUGGCAAACCCAUGUUCAACUUUACCACUGAAGAUGAAGAAGAGCCGUACAAAUGGGACUUUUACCACUCUUUUUUCUUUUCGUACACCGUCGUCAGUACUAUUGGGUACGGCAACUUAGCUCCAACAGUCCAUUUAUCUAGAAUUCUGAUGAUAUUCUACGGUCUUUUUGGUAUACCUAUCAACGGUAUCCUUUUAGCUAAUCUCGGUGAAUAUUUUGGCCUUCAGCUCAUCAGUGUUUACCGCAAGUACAAAAGGCGUAACGUGAAACGUGCCAACAACCUCAGCUAUUACUUCAGCAACCUCGGGAUGUUGGGCCAGAUCUUCCUCUAUCUCGUACCUGGUUUCCUGUUCUUCAUUUUCCUGCCUGCGUGCAUCUUUGUCGUCUUCGAAGGAUGGGACUAUGUUGCCGCGGUUUACUACGCCUUCGUCACGCUCACUACUAUCGGUUUUGGCGAUAUAGUUGCUGGUACAGUCAACAAUGGAUUCAAAUAUGGGUAUUUCUUCACGUAUCAAAUCUUCCUCAUAGUCUGGAUUACUUUUGGACUUGGAUACAUCGUGAUGCUUUUGGGAUUCAUCACCAGCGGCAUGCGAUCAGAGAGUGUGCACAGGAUUGAGCAAAAAUUGGCUUAUCAAUUAAAAUCCACCCAAAAUAAAAUCUUGCAAAGCUUUACAAGAGAUAUCACUAAUAUUAGAAAGAUAAUUAACGAAGCCAAUCUUAUUAAAUUAAAGCCCGUUUACGUUGAUACCGCACCGUAUCUGUACCGAAGUUCAAGCUGCCCCACAUUCACAUUUGACGUGGAGCCAAGAGGACCAAUCGUAAAAAGAAGACGUGCUAAUUCAGAAAACAUUCAACUAUCCACAAAAGACUUACUUCGAAUACAAUCAGACACAGAUUUACUUGGAAUCGAUAAAGAAAAGACAUUCAGUGCUUCUGCUAUUGUAAAACCUGCUGAGCUGCUAGCUAGAGUUGUGAAUGUACUUGGAGGAUUAGAACCACAGUCAGAGAAAGGAAUACAUAUGUUUGAUGACGAUCAUAUUUUAUCAAGUGAAAAACCACCAUUGUUUAGCAUAGGUCAAAAUAUUAUUACAAACUCUCCUAAAAGGGGUAGGGCCUUAAGUGUAGCAGUGCCAAACUAUAGAAAAGACUCAGUGACAAAAGUAGAUGAUCAUGACUUCACAUGGACUAAUGGUGAUUCAGCAGAAAAAUUCAGGAAGGAAGCUAACUUCAGAAGUGGUAAGUUAUCACUUCCAAGCCAAAUUACUCCAGCGGCUGUUGAAGCGACCACUCAGCCUAGAAAUCUACUUCAAAGGCUCUUUAGGAAGUCCAGUUCGACUGAAAGUGCCGACGAAUAUAUUAAAAAUACUUCAAAAGGCAGAAAUAGUGAUCAGCAAAAUGUUAAUGAAAAUAAACCUCAACCCAGACGCGGCAGUAUAUUCCCAUCAUUCAAUUUCGGUAGCUCAGAGAAAAGUGACGAAGAACUUUACAAAGAAAAAACUAAAAAGGGACGGUCCAGUAUUUUUCCUACCUUCGAUUUCAAUCGAAGUAGUGAAGAUGAUAUGGCUACUGCUUAUAAGGAGAAAACUAAACGUGGUCGGCAUAGUAUAUUUCCAACCUUUGAUUUUUCUGAAGACGAAGAUAACGCUGCUUUUAAGGCUUAUCAACAUAAAACGAAGAGACAUAGUAUUUUUCCCACAUUUGAUUUUAGCGAAGAUGACGAUGAAAGGGAAGCAAGAGCUUACCGGGAAAAAACAAAAUCAGGAAGACACAGUAUUUUCCCUACCUUUGAUUUCAGUGAUCCAGAAGAAGAUAAUAUGGCUAAACGAUACAAAGAAAAAACCUCGAGAGGAAGGCACAGUAUUUUCCCAUCAUUUGAUUUUAGUGGCGUUAAUGAUGACGAGGAUGAUGAUACACUAGAUGAAGAAGAAAUAAAGAAAUAUCAAAAUCGAACUAAAAAAGGGAGGACAAGCUUAUUUCCUACAUUUGGUAGAUCAAAGAAAAGUGACGAUGAAACUAUGCCAGAAAGUUCAGACGAACUAGUAGAGUACAAGAACAAGACCAGUCAUGGUCGAUUUAGUUUGUUUCCUACAUUUGGCAAGGAUCGUAAAAAUAGUUCAAAUGAUGAACCUAGUGACUUAGAGGCUAGUAUUCGAGAGUAUCAAAAGCAAACCAAGCGCGGUAGGGGUAGCUGUUUUUCCGGUGGUUCUAGUACUUCAGGGGCUAGCACUUCAUUCGCGGAUGAAUUAGAAAGCUAUAAAAAUCAAACCAAACGUGGUCGAGGAAGCUUAUUUGAUCCCGAUGUCAAUCUUUCUGAACUAUCUGAAAACGAGCAAGUGAAAGUUCUUGAACAAACUAGUGUAGCUGACUUGAUACGUGCUAUGGCUGUCCUAGAAACGGCAACGCAUAGUCCAGAGCCGCGUGGGUUAUUAGAUUUAAUAUCAGAAUCAGUUGCACCCCCUAGAAGGCGGGGUUCUCUACGGCCGGACUUUGCAAUGCCAACUCCUAGUCACGAUGAGACAGAAGAGGUCCCAGGUCCUAGACGUAGGAGAAUUUCAGCAAGAGCCGCUGCUCCACUUUUUGCUCCAACUUUAGAGACGGUCGUUGCCGGAGCUGAGUUACAAAUAACCGCGGCUGCCGCUAGAGAAAAUCGCAUGACUAUAGUAGCAGCACCUCCUCCAUACUCUGAAACAGAUGGAGGUAGUGGCAGUAGUGGAGAACAAACACAAAAACCGCGAGUUAGGAGAUAUUCUCCAGCUCCGGGUGACCCAUCUAAAUCAACUGGACCAGUGCCUAGACUUUUUUCGCGCAUGCGCAAAGACAGUACAAAUGCGGAAGAAGGUAGUUCGAGACGUAGUAGUUUAACGGAUAUAGUAAUUGAUAAUAAUAAAGACAAUACGUAAUCUGAUGCCUUUUCAAAGCCUUUAGUUCAAUUUAAUGUAGAUAGGUAUACAAUUAUUACAUUAUACUAGAAUUUAAAAAUAAAUUAUUUAACACGUAUUAAAUUAUAAGCCG